UCCUUGCCAGUCUUGUAUUGACUUCGUCUUUGUGCAUUCUUCGUACCAGAUCAAGCGUUCAUUUCAUUAAGUUCUACAAUCCCACUGCUUAAAUACCAAAUAACCGAUCCCUAAGCGUGAAUUUGAAAAAUGGGAGCCUCAACUUCCAUCCAUCUUCAAAACACGACCCCAUUCCCUGUCAACCUUUCCGGGAUUUUUACCGGGAUCGGGAACGGCGGUCCAAAAUACCAUCUAAAACCGGACUCAUCCCUUGCCAUCCCUCUCGAUGAGGUCCAACAUUAUGGGAAAUUCAUCCUUGAAUUACGAUCCGACCAAGGGGCUAUCCUCAAAAGCGUCAUCUUCCCGAUAAAACAUUACUCCCGAUGGUCCAUCAAUUUUGACGGGAUUGGCGAAUGUGUCUGGACCAAGGGCAACUGGAGUGUAAAUUAUUACGUCCCAUUCUACCAAUGGAACAAGGAUUACGACCACACCUUCAUUAUCGACCGGAUGAAAAUGUAUCAACCAAUCAGUUACGAUAUCCACCCAAAAUCCGCUACUGCACCAAUUCCAACAAUAUCCUUAUCCGAUUUAAGCGAAAAGAUUGAAAAACACCUAAAAGACGUAGUUGAUGACGAUGAGAAAUGGGCAACCGAACUGAUAUCCGAAAUGGAGGCGGCGUUUUUACAAAAUCACCAAAAAUUUGCCGAUGCUUUCUCUUCGGAUAAAAAUUGCUACAAAGUUCUCCAUGUUCUUGGAUCAUUUGCGUCCGAGCAGUAUGGCACGACGGAGUCUGACUUUGUCUGUUGUAUGAUUUUUAAUGAGAUCAUGCUCAUUUACGACGCCAUGAAGGGGCAGACUUUUAAAAAUUUUAAAGCUGAUGAUGCAAAAGUGAAGGAGGGUCAAGAGAAAGUGUUGACGCAAUUCAAAGAACUCGUCUCUAAGCCAACAUUUCUUGAAAAUGCGGCCGACUACUACUCCACCCAGCCAGAAGUUAAUCAAGCUCUGGUUCAAGUCCUUUUUGACAAUUGUGACUUCCCCAAGACAGAAUCAAGCAUUGGCCUUCACCUCUACUUCAUACAAGAAAAUGACAAACGGAAGCCCCUCUACAACAGGGAAAAGGAUUCCAAAUUGUUUUUGGAGUUGUGUGGGAAACUUUUAAAAAUCGACGUAUCCGCCAAGGAGGUCAGCCAACGGGAACGAGAACUGAUUUUGUGCUUGUUGACAGCCAUAGUGGUAAAGGACGUGAAAACAAGCGAUCUGAAUAAUUAUAUUGAAAAAAUGGUUAAAAUUCAGGCCCGCGAAGGAAAAGCUGCCGACGGUUCUAAUGAAGAAGAUCGAAACUACCACCAAGAAAAAGGUAGUCUCGCCCUCCUGGUAAUUGCUGCCUUAGAACAAUCCAUCUACAACAGUAAGGAUCUGCACAUCCCAAUCGACUGUAUCGGAUAUAUGAGCGAAUAUCCAGAACAAUUCCUAGCCGGCGAAAUGCUCACGUAUUCCUUAGAAGUUCUGGGCACCAGCACAGAAAAGGAUACCGUAUAUUGUGCCAAAAUAUGCACGGCAUUCGCCGCAGCGAAGAAUAAGACGAUGAUUUUUGAAAAUGAGAAGACCAUGCUGACAUUUAGCACCUUAUUUGAGAAGAAAGUACACCCCGCAGAUACUCUUUACAGCCAUUUGAUUAUGGCCGUACAAAAUGCGACAGCAUCUCUAAAAUUGACGAAGAAUCACGUCCCAAAAUUGGUGGAUUGUUUGACAACUGUUUUACGCGAGGAGAAAGCAGAGACUCUUUCCUACACUGUGAAUACGCUGCAAUUAAUUAAGGCGUGUUGCACGUCGGACAAGAAUUUUGUGGAGGUUGCCGGAAUGAAAGAUUUUUCCAAGGGGGUGAUUGCACAACUAAAAACUUAUUUGGAAAGCAAGCAAAAGGAUGGAAUUGACAAGGAAGUGUGGACUGAGUUUUUCAGCGGUUUCAGCGCCGUGAUUGCUUUGAAAGGGGAGAAAGUUCAUGUUGAUACGAUUAAGAUAAUCCUUGAAAUGGAGAAAGGUGUCAAACCGGAGGUGAAAGAUGGAAGGAAGUUUGCCUUGGAGACGGUCGAGAAGGCCUUGGGCCAUAUGGAUGGAGAUGAUAAGGAUGCGCAGAAUUGGGAAAUCUACCUAGGUGAUCCAAAAUACGAUGGAAACGGUGAUUUACAAGCCGCCAUUCUGAGAAGUAUAGCUUUUCCCUCGGAACGAAUUGAGACCCUUGUAAAGUCGGAACUAACCAAAUUUGAAAUUCGCGGGCAACAAGCUAUCCUUCGUGCUCUCAUCAAAUUCAACCCCUUCCCUCAACCCGUGGUCACAAAUAUUAUAGAACUCAUGACCCCCAAAUCGGCUACAGACCCGGAGAAUGCCCUCAUUAUUCCGGAAUGUCUUUCCAUCAUAAAAUCCUGGCUGGGGCAUAAAGAAACUAAAGGCGAUGUGAGUAAAGAACUUACAAGUCUAUUUGACACAAUACAAAAAAAUGAUUGGAUUUUCGUCGAGUCCUUCGAUAGAAUUUUCGCAAUUGCGGAAACAAUCUUGGCAAAAGAAAAUGAAAAAGACAACCAAAUUAAUCCCACGGAUGGAGAAAUCACACAUUUUUCGUCUUACAUAAAACAAGCCCUUGAAUCAGAAAGUGACGAAAACCCGGCAACAUAUGCCACAAAAUUACUCCUAAAGCUAACUACAUCCAUCGCAGAAUCUGACCAGGAGCAUAUUAACGACUUAAUAAAAAGAAGAUCCCAAAUUUCUGGAGAUCCCAAAGUACAAGAAAACAUUGUCCGACUCGUCACCCUGGAAAAAUCUUGGGUCAAAUUAACUCUACCCGAAAUAUCAAAACUCCUCCGCAAUACCCCAUACGACAUAAAAAUUGCGGGCAUUCUUGUCCAACAAUUUGCUGAAAAAGAUGACGAAGACGUCGCACUUGACCUUGUCGAAUAUGUCGCAAAAGCACCAAAGCUUGAAGAAGACGUUCAAAAACUAAUUGCACAAAUUGUGUCCACCUCCACCAAUACGAUGGUACUAAUGGAUGUCAUAUCAUUCCUUGAGAACACAAUAUCAUCCCAAUUCCCUGACAUAAAACAAGAAUGGAUAUCUCAACUGUUUGAAAUUCUUAACAAAAAACAAGCCAUCAAAGAUGGUCGCGCAGAAUUAUUGGACGUCUUUCUUCCCCUCGUAUUCAGCCUGGAAUUAUAUUACGGGCUUGAUCCCAAACUCUGGACGGAUUGGACCGAUUUACUAAACAAGCUUGGACUUUCCUUGAGCUCAAAAAGAUACAUGGAAUGGAUAACCACCGCUAACAAGGAAAGAUUAGACGGUAAGGUGAAAGUUUCUUUGGAUGAUUACUCCACUUCAACGUCUUGGGUAGCCCAAUGGGGAAAGGCAGAUCGGGAAGGGCUCCUUCAUAUCGCAUAUCAUCUCCCUUCCAUAAAAACUAUCCCGUUGGGAACCAAGCUUAAAUUGUACUGCAUGGCGGCAGACAUGACAAAUUUAACCUUUACCAAAGACGAUAAAACAGCAGUGUCAUCUACUGAAGAAACUCCGGAAGAAUUUUACUUCCGAGCUUUCACCCAAUUGGAUGACACAGAAUCAAAGGAAAAUUGGAAACUAACCAAUGAACAAUUGAAGACCUUGAAGCAAAAAUUGAAGGAUGACAGUCUCACCGUUUUUACAGAGUUGGUCAUAUUAUUGGGAAAAUAUUACGUCACGAAUGCCAAAUAUGACGUUGCUACAGCGCUAUUUGAUUCAAAUCUGGAUCCCACCGAGGGGAAAAAAUUGAAAGAUCAAAUCAACGUACUGACCGAGGUGGAAAAAGAUUUGGCUAAAUUGCCCAAAGAGGAUGAAGACUUGCACAAGAAAAUUAUGGAAAUCGAUCCUAAAAAUGGCGAGGCACUAAUGAAGAAACUAAUUAAGGAGUUGGGCCUCGACUAUUUUAACGAGGGAAAAUCUAGUUUGGCGAAUCUACUCAAGUCAAUCCCAUCCAAGAAUGUUGACGCAAAAAUUCUUUCUUCCACAUUGACUUGGGAUUGGGGUAAGGAGUUACUUCAUUCCUACAUUGUCACAAAUUUGUUGGAAAAUAAGAACAAUACUCAAGUUACCAAGGAAAAUAUUAAAAUUGAGUUUGCCCAGUUGUGGAAUGAAUUUGUAACUAAACACGUACCCAUCCGAUACAAUCCGACCAAUAUUAAAACCGAUGUCGAAUUUUUGGCAAAAAUUAAGGAGAAAGUUGAUAAAAUUUUUGGGUCAGAGUUUCGCAUUGAAAAAGUCAACCUGUUAUUCAUCCUCCUCCAAAAUUUGGAAACUUAUAAUUUCUUCGAGAAUGAGAAAGAAAUCCCGUCCCUCGAAACGUUACAAGCUACAUGGAUUAAAAAACUGAUCGGGAAGGAAGACCUGGACGAGAAGCUUGUCCAGGAAUUUUGGAAGAAAACGGCUGAAUUGAAUUAUCUGACCGGAGAAGUUCUUGGAUUUAAAGCCAUACAAAAAUUAGUAUCGUCCAUUUCUUCUUCCGAAUUUCAAAAUGUUUCCGGUUUGCUCGAUCUUCUUAAACAAUUGGAAUUUUCAAGCCAAAACUUCCUCAUGGUUGUACCCAAUUUUGAAAAUCCGACCGAAAAACAAACCGUUGCCGAUAUUACACAAAGGGUUCAAGAUUUCUAUCUACAAAUUGUCAUUGGAAAUUUCGCCGCAAAUUUUUUCCACUUCAAAAAAUCUACAGGGAUUGAUCAAAUCUGUGUCAAGCUGGCCCAUCUUUUGAACUCUGCGGAAAGAAAAGGCUGGGAUUUUGCGACGAUCAAACGAUUUUUUGAUCUCGUCAAGUCAAAGUUUGAAGCCAGCGAUAAAGCGGAUGAUCAACAGGACCAGAUUGCCUACGCUUUUUCCGGCGUUUUAAACCAUUUUGGAUCCUACGAUUUUGAGAUGGACGCCGUAAAGAAGACCCUUGAAAAAGUUGAGGGGAAAGAUGAAGUCAUAAAAAAUUGGAUAUCUCACCUUCCCCCAUUACCGCAUGCCGACAACGCGAAAGAACGAGAGCUGGACGAAUUGGUCAAACUUGUCACCACCGAUAAUGGAGAUAAGGUGAAUGCAGAUGAAAUUAAGAAAUUAAUUUCAUCCCUGGAUUCCCUCGAAAUGAAAUCGUGGGACAAGGAAAAAAUCACGGAAUGGGCUAAGAACCAGAAAACCAAUGACAAGCCUAGUAUCUCCGACACUAUGUGCGUCAUCUGCCGAACCGCAGAAUUAAUUCUGAGUAAUAAACCCCGGACAGCUCAAAUGGUCGCGCUCGCAGCAUUAAUACAGUCCGUCGAGAAGGGAAAAGAUAUCGGUCGUCUCGCCAAAAUCGAGACGGGGGAAGGAAAAUCGUUAAUCAUUGCUAUGUUAGCAUCGUACGUUUGUCUUAACAAGAAAGACAUGAAAGUUGACGUUAUCACGACAUCGUCAACACUGGCGACUCGAGAUGUGGAUGAUAAUAAGGCGUUAUUUGAAACCCUGGGACUAUCCGUGGUCCUUCUGACACAACGCGGGACUGAGGAAACUUAUAAAAACGAUGUCGUCUAUGGAGACACGACGUCCUUCCAGGCGGACGCUUUAAGGGAAAUAUUUCAUUUUGAGAAAGUUCGUGGCGAUAGAAAAUUCAAAUUUUGCAUUGUAGACGAAGUCGAUUCCAUGCUGAUUGAUCAAGCUUCCUAUGCUACAAAAUUGGUGGAUAAAGUGCCCGGCUUUGAGUUCAUGGAGAUUGUCUAUACCGCAAUUUGGAAGCAUGUUAACGACAUUGAGAAUCUAUUCUUACCCCUCGGUGCGAAUCAGGAGGUGUACUGCGUCGAUCAAACGGUUGGAAUGGAUCCGAAAGAUAUAAUUUCCCUACUAUCCAAGGUCAAUUCAAAAGAUGGCAAAGGCUCAAGAAAAAUUUUAUUGUCAAGAAUACAAGGAUUUUGUGAGAAUAAUUUAAAUCGAGAAAAGGGCGACCAGAAAACGAGGGAGGAUUUGAAGACGCUCAUUGAAAAUAAGAAAUUACCCGGUUUGCCGGCAGGAAAAUCUGAAAUUUCAAAUGAGGAAUUGGACGAAAUCAUAAAACUAAGGUGGGACUAUGAAAAAGGUGGCGCCGUCUUACGGCGGAUUUGUGAAAAACUACUGGGACAUAAAAUCAUCGUUAUGACCGUUACCGACGAUGGAUUUAGUCCAUAUAGCGGAUACCAUGACACCCCUGGUAACGAUGGCAACGAUAUUCCAGAUUAUUUUAGACCGAUUUACCUUUUCUACUUCAGUCAACAAUUAAUGAGACUUAUUCCGGUGGAAGCGAGUAGCUCUCAAAUGAGGCAAAAAGUGGCGGCCAGGAUUAAAGAUCUUAUCGUGGCUUCGACCGAGAAAAGUGUGGAGUCUGAGAAAAAAUUGGUGAUCCCGAAUCAUUUCAUGGAUUUUUUCAAGGGAAAGUUAAUGACCUGGAUACAGUCAGCAAUUACAGCGCGCUAUCAUAUGGAUAAGGAUCAAGCAUAUAUUGUUAAAAAAGGGGAAAAAGAUGGGGAAAGAAAAUCGAUUAUUCCGGUGGAUGUGGAGCACACGGGUGCGCUAGAGCAAGAUUCCGUCUGGCCGGAUGGACUACAUCAAUUUCUUCAACUGAAACACAAACUUGCUUUUACACCGGAGAGGAUUUCGACAAAUUUUAUGUCCAACUUGACAUUCUUUAACAAAUACGAGGGGAACGUGUUGGGUGUGACGGGGACGUUGGGAUCAAUUACGGAAAGUGGGAUGUUGGAAAAAGUUUAUUCAGUGGACACCAUACAUCUCCCAACGUUCCAGGAAAAGAGACAUAUUAUGUUACAGGACCUCGCAUUCCAAACAGAAUCCGAUUAUAUGUCCGCCAUUUUAACCUCCGUAUACACCACAACCAAACAAGGCCGAGCCAUACUUGUAAUUUGCAAAACUAUCGAAGAUGUCACAUCACUCGAGACAUACUUAAACGAAGCCAUCUCGGAAGUUGGCGAACCCCCAAACAUUCAAAAAUAUUCCCGCCCCGAUGUCGACAAAGAGAAACACGUUCCCCUAAGCGACCUUGUUCCAGGGAGCAUCGUCCUUGCCACCAAUCUCGCCGGGAGAGGGACUGAUCUCAAAAUUAAUAAAGAUGUCGACACCAACGGCGGCUUACACGUGUGCGUCACAUUUCUACCAAGAAACCUCCGUGUCGAGGAGCAAGCUCGAGGACGCGCUUCCCGCAACGGAAAACGUGGCUCGAGUCAACUCAUAAUUUGGAAUCAAGAUUCCACCCGCCAAGAUUGGAAGGCUUGGCAGGCCGUUACCGAACUGAAGAAAGUAACGGCACAAGUUGAAGAGGAAGAAAUAUCCAACGUAACAAAUAUCACCAUUCCUAAUAUUAAAGUUCAGGACAAACUUUUCUCCGAUUAUUGCGAGAAGCGCCUUAAACUCUACAACGAUAAAAAAGACGACGUAAACAGGGACCGUCUUCUAGAAGCCUUGGACGAACGAUGGGGUUUCCUCUUGGACAAUAAUAACCUUAAAAUCAAUGCUUCCCCUUCUAAAAAAAUUAUUGACCCGAAAACAAUCCCACUAGACAGCUUGGAUAAUGGGUCGGAUGUUGACGCCAUUAAGAAUGCGCAGUAUCACAUGCUCAUGGCAAAUAAUUACAUGGAAAAAGAGAACUACGGUGACGCAAUAUCAAGAUACGAUCAGUCUGUCAAGCUAGACAAAAGUUUUUCUGGAACGGCCUUCUACUAUCGUGCAUACUCAAGGAUUAACGAAUUCAAGGACGACUACAAGAAAAAGGCUAUUGCAGAUUUGGACGAUGCGUUCAACCUCAUGCAAAAUUUGUAUCAUCCUGCCCUCAUGUCUUGCAAUUCGUACACCAUGAAUGUAGCAGAUGUUGAUGCGGAUGAGGAUAAGAGGAAAGAUGAAAAUUCGGACGACACGGAGAAACCUAAGGACAAAGAUUAUACCAUUCAAAUUACAGGAAAAUUGCAUUUACUAAAGUUAUGGGCGGAAACGAUUGGAGCAGCGAAGGAACAAUUGGGCACGUCAUCAGAAGUAAAAGCAAAACUUGUCUCAAUUGAGGAUCAUGUGAAAGGAUAUGAGGACAAGGAUAAAAUUGCAUCGUCUGAAAUUCAAGACAUGAAGGAUGCCGGAAUUGCUUAUUUCCUUGAAAUCGAGAAGCGUCCUGCCCCAUGGUGGGCAAUUUUUACAGUGAUUGUGGUUGGUGUUGUGGAAGCUGUUGUCGGAUUGGCAAUUAUGGCAUUUUCAGGUGGAGCACUUGGCGAAGCCUUCCUAAUCGAUGGCGUUCUCGAUAUUGCAAACGGAAUUGAAGCCGCCAUUACUGGAGAGUACAUCAGCCUAUCAGAAUUUUUCAAGCAGAAAGCAAUCAACGCUGGCAUCAUGCUUGCAACGUUUGGAUUUGGCGCAAUAAUGUCAAAAGUGGCGACGGUUCUCAAAGGAACUAAAUUUAUACAAUUCCUCUCCCGAGGAAAAGAUCUCUUUGCUUCCGCAGGAAAAUUUAUUUCCAACAGUUGGGUCGGCCGUGUUGGUCAAGCCCUAAAAAAGACCGUUGUCAAAAUUCAGAGCUUCGUGUUCACGAAGACCAAAUUAUUUUGGAAGGCUAUGAAAACAGCUGGGCAAUUUGUCUGGAAUGCGACAAAAGCUGCUGGUAGAAGAAUUAAGGGGGCUUGGGAAUCCAUCACCAAAUACUGGAAAGAAGCCGAAGAAGCCAUCGAGGAAGGCGAAGAGACUUUGACGCGAAGUGUUAGUGAAGCAGAAAGUGAAGUGGCAGAAACCGAAAGUGCCACGUCCACAAGCCUAACCGGAGAAAAUCUGCGUGGCACUCAAUUCAAAAAUUUGGGAAAAAUUGUUGGCAAAGAAAUGGGUCGUCGAGCACUACUCAAGGGGUUAGACUUCGCCCUACAAAAAGGGUUGGAACCAGUUAUAACUAAAUGGAUUAAGGAAGCCAUUCACAAGAAAGUCCAGGAAAAGGUGAAUGAAAGAAUGAAAUCUGACUCAGUGUUGAAACCAUUAACAAAAUUUGUUCAAGAAGCUGAAACUGUGACGAAUUAUACCGCCAAGAAGAAUGAAUUUAACGCGAUGUGGACUCAGAUUGUUGAUGAUACCUUGCAAAUUGACAACGCCGGUAUUCAAGCCUUUCUACAAGUAGUGGACGAGUUUUGUGACGAAGCACAAAGAACACUUGUCGAAAAGAGAGAACAAGAGGGAGCAAGAGCCACGUUAGCGUGGGUAAUAGAAAAAUUCGGCAUCGUUGUUUUCGAAAUCACGUCAUUUUCUGUUAUGAUUGAGGAACUUGUUACAACAAUGGGUACCCUGUUCGACAAAUUUGUUAGCGAAUUAAAGUCGAAAACUGGAGACGGUCAACCCGACGAAAUUCCCAAGGAGUCCUACAUCUAUGCUAAGGAAGGGAAGGAUGCGUUUGAUAAGGAUAAAACUGAGUUAUCUCAAAAAAUCGCGAAUGAAAUUACGUCACAACUAGUCGCAAUUAUUGUGCAAGGAUUGUUUAGACCGCACGCGGAAAAAGUGUUGAAUUCAAUGACCAAGAAGAUGAAACUAUUCAAGACGGAGCAUUUAAUUGAAGAGCUUGGAAAAAUGCAGGAGGCAAACGGACACCCAGAACGAUUUCCAAAUGCCAAUAUCUGGGACAUGUAUAAAAAAAAUACCCAUGUCAAGGACGAGAUUCAUGAAGAAACAUCUGCAUACGCUGCACGUAAAGCAGAAGAAGCUCGAUUGUUAGCGCCAGUCGCGGAUAAUUUGUCAGCUGAAAUUGUGGUCAGUAGGACGGACAGUAUUGGAUCAGAUAGUCCAAAUGAGACUACACCUCUGGUGUUAGAAUCGUCCGUUGGCGAGGGUCCUCAAAUACAUAUCGCGUACAAUUCACGACUGGAUGAAUAUUAUCCUGUCAUCCGACAAUUGGACGGAACAUAUCGUGCUGUACCAUUUGAUGCUCAAGGGGCCACUCAAAGGGACUGGCAAGGUGACACGCAUGGGAAUGGCCUUAUACCUUCAAUUGUUGUCGGCGACAAGGGAAGGUUUGAAGGGAAACUUAACAAUAUUAAUAUGCUGUUGAAAAGAUUGCAUUUGAACGGAAGUCAGGCGUAACUGGAUUCUACUAUAAGAAUAACAAAUUCAAAUUGACAUGAAAAAAAAAUUGUGCACUUAUAGAUAUGAAACUCUGCGACCCUACUCGAAAAACCUGUAACAAUGAGAGUGGUGGCUAUAUUAUAUUUAAAAGGUCAGCCUAUCGAUUGACUGUUAAAAAUUACAUUUUAAAUAAGUACUCGUUUCGAAUUAGUAGUAAGAUUCAAGAUUGUGUGACAAGUUAUGCGUAUAUUAAGAAAGUGUAUUAAAAUUAGAGUCACAGUUGUAAGCACUUCUUAAGGGAAAUAUGGGGUGACUAGGAACACUAGGUAUGUGUGAUCCGGUCCUAGCAAUGCCAUUGUAUGCAUUCGAUGCAUUUUUCAAUUUUAGUCCGACGAUGUAGGAAAAUUUCCGUGCAAAAAUGACAUUUGGUUACGCCGUGACCAUUUAGGUGACAAGCGGAGGGCAGCUCUUUUCCUGGCGGUGCGGUGGGGUGUGGUUGACGAUGCGCUCACUCAUUGACUAAUUCCAUGCCUUUACAAACUAGACCAAAAUAUCGUGAACUUUUUUUAAUUCUCAACUUUUUUUCCCAAAUUUCGAAAAUUUUAAAUUUUUGAUGAAAACUGAAAUUCUUUAAACAAAUGUGAAACUUUUGUAAAAAAUGAAAUUUAAGAAAAAAUUGAAAAAUAUGAAAUGUUUGAAAAAAUGAGAACAUUUUGAAAAAAAAUUGAAAUUUGAGAAAAAAAUUGAAACAUUCAACCCCACCGCCCCGCCAGCAGGAAAAGCUCUCCGCUUGUCACCGAAAUGGUCACAGUGUGAGUCGUGUGACCAAAUAUCAUUUUUACACAGAAAUUUUGUAACACCGUCGGACUAUGUACCGUUGAAAAAUACAUCGAAUGCAUAUAGUGGCAGUGCUAGGUCAGGGUCACACAUACCUAGUGUUCCUAGUGAGUACAAUACACUAAUCAUAAUUUGGAGUGCCUAAUGAAUGUGAGGGAAUUUUAUAUGCAUAAAUUUUACUUAAUUAAUGGUUGAGUAAUAAAAGUACUAUUGUACACAAUUAUUGAGA